AUGCCCUUGAUGGACUCAGAUACACAGCCUGUGGAUGUGCCAGUAGGGGACUCCUCUACCGAUAUUCCCGACCGUCUUCCCUUCCCGCCAAUUACAUAUUCCCACAUCCUCCACUGCUCAUACCAUGAUUGGCACCCAAGAUAUCGUACCAUCACACCCAAAUCCCGCGUGAUUCCCCUCCCACCUCAAUUCGUUAGCUACCUCCGCGCCGACGGCAUUGUUCUCCCACCCGAACCUACACACCCACGAGAAGAUGAUGGCCUUGAUACUUUCUCGGAUGCAGGCUCAGAGGGCGAUGAUCCCUCAACGGAAUGGGCUGACUUGCACGCACAAGUCAAAGAAACAAUCUCAGAAUUUGGGAAAGUUACACCAAAAUUGAACUGGAGCGCUCCAAAAGAUGCGACUUUCAUGGCGGCAACCAAUGACACAAAAUGCGCUACACCUAAUGACAUUUAUCUGCUUCUGAAAAGUAGUGACUUCAUUACUCAUGAUCUCGAGCAUCCUUUUGAUGACUGUGAAUCUGAUACCACACCAUCCAAUGAAGAUGAACAAGGCGACUCUGCUACGUCGUCCAUCCCGGAGGUCCCGUAUCAUCUUAUCCUGCGCAAAUAUGUGAACUUCAACCCAUCCCUCGAGUUCCGAUGCUUUGUGCGCAAUCGCAAACUUUUAUGCAUUUGCCAACGUGACCUCAACCACUUCGAGUUUUUGUUUGAUAUGCGCGAUAUGUUCCGCUCCCGUAUUCAAGCAUUCUUCGACGAGAGACUACGUGACAGCUUCCCAGAUCCAAAUUUCGUCUUUGAUGUCUACGUUCCUGCGCCACAUCAACGGGUUUGGCUCAUUGAUAUUAAUCCAUGGGCACAGCGCACAGAUUCGCUACUGUUCAGUUGGUUGGAGAUUCUGCGCAUGAAGGAUCCGAUUGGCUUUGAAGAUGAAGGAGAUGUCAAUACGGGUGUUGAAGAGGGAUUCUUGCGGAUCUCGCUUCGGGAUGGAAGUAUUAUGAGCUCCGAUGAAGUAAAUGGAGUUCUUAAUGAGAUCGAGGAAGAAGAAGACAAACAGGAGGACAAACAGGAGGAAACCGUAGAGGAAGAUGACGACCUUGCUCCCUUCUUACCGGAGGUUCGUCUUAUCAAAAAGGACGAUCCCGAGGCGUACCAGUUCUCUACACCACAGUACUCCGCCCAUAAAGUUCCAAGGGAUGUGGUCGACGCUUCUUUAGCUGGUACUGGUGGGAUGAGCGAGUUCAUGGGUAAAUGGCAAGAGAUUCUGGCACGACAAAUGUAUAACCAGCAAGGAGAAAGCAGUGAUUCUGAGUAG